AUGUUAUCAAGUCGUGAACUUCUUUACAUUAUUGCAUCAGGAUGUGCUGUUUGUUGCUCUAAUUUCAUAAAUGGGUUAUCAACGAGUUGUAACACUGUCUUGAGGAUAAGAGCAAUAGUUAAUAUCAAAAAGAAGAAAUUUAUAAUGUUACAAAUACUAGGAACAUUUUCAGCGAUAUGGGGAUUUUAUUACAUCUAUCUAUCACUGUGGGUCGUAAAAGAACGUAGUAGACAUCAAAUUAAUAUAGGUGAUGGAACAUUACAAUUGAUUGAAUGUUUGGUCAACAUAGAUAAAAAUAAUAAUAAAAAAGAAGAAAAUGAUAAUAGUAAUAAAUUAAUAAUCAGCAAUGAUAGUGGUCCUAUAAAUGUUCAUAAAUACAAUAGGUUGAUAGCAGCUAUUAGAUCACAUUCCAACUUUAAUGAAUUCAUUCCACUGAUUGCCAUUCUAUCGGCCAUUCUAGAGCUUCAAAAUGCAAACACCAUCUAUCUAAUUGUAUCACUAUCACUACUCACAGUUGGUCGUAUCAUUUACGUUGCAUUUGGUACUGCCAAUCCUAACAUGCGUGGUUGGGGAAGACAUCUUGGAAUCAUCAUUACCUUUUUAACUAUCCUCUCUCAUUCCAUCUAUUUAUUAUAUUCCUCAAAUUAUCAUUCAAUCUAUUCUCAUUUUAAUAAAUAA